AUGGAAACUCCGAAGGGUGCAUUCUCUUCUAGUCCAUCGUCGGAAAAUGCGAAGCGCAAAAUUUCGCAGCGAGGUGUUAUCACUCCGAAGAAACAGAGGUAUUGGUACAAACAGAAUCAGAGAAAGAGCCGACCGAAGUUCGUCAAAUUGCCAGCCGAAGUACGCGUCUUGAUCUACAAACACGUCUUCAGCGGUACCACUUGGACAGACAUCAACGCUCCUCAGAAAAAGAGUGAUCAGCAGGAGAACCCUAUUCGAGCACUGCUAUACGUCAACAAAUUUAUCCGGGAAGAGGCCGUCGAGGUCUUCUUCCAGACGUGCACAUUCAGGAUCAACCAUUACAGAAUGCACGAUAAAUGGCGAAGCUGGAACAGAUUGGCGACAUUGACGAGGGUUCGACAUUUAGUACUCUCCUGGACGAAGCCAAAGCGCUCCAAAGUUACAAGCAAGAAGACUCCAUGCUCUUUCCUCGCUGGUCUCAAGAACCUACGAACACUCACCAUUGACCUGGUAGGACUCCAAUAUAUGUUCGUAGAUCCAGGCGAUGGUCCUAUCGACCUGCACUCCAAUCUCCUUCGGAAAUUCAAGGGACGAUACAAUGAUCUUCCACAAUGGAUAAAGCGGUCGAUUCAUAACCUGCCUCCGAAGCUGCAAGUGAGCUUUCAGGUCUACUUCUUCGCUGCUCCUUUCAGAGGAAGAAUCGCGAUAGGCGGGUUUGGGGUUAUUCAGGAUCCAUUGCCUGACGCUGACUUCAAAUGUGCCACGAUCCUUUGGCAAGACAAGAAUGUCACCGAAAUCGAACCUUUUGAGCUGGAGAAGUGGGAAACCAGGAGAAAGGGACUGGAAUGGAACGAUUCUUCUGCGGCCUCGACAGAUAUGUCAUAUUCAGCUACAAAUGGUAUCCGUCUCAACGGUCAUACUAACGGCGACACUUCUCCGCCAGCCUUUCCCGACGAUGUUCCGACUGCACCACUCCUUCGGCUAUCGUUUGCCAAGCUUCGGGAUAACGAUCUUGAAGAAGUCAAUCGAUUACUCAGAGCGUGUGAAGACUUGGGCUUCUUCUACUUGGACUUGCGGGGUCCUGGCGAUGACAUCUUAGCAGAUGCAGACAAACUGUUUCGUGUUGGUGAGAAUUUGUACGAUCUGCCGCUCGAAGAGAAGAAGCAGUAUGAUUUUAUGCAUAAAAAUAGUUACUUUGGGUAUAAGGGAUAUGGUGCGAAUGUGGUAGACAAAACAGGACGAACUGACCGUAAUGAGUUCUACAAUGUCUCGAAGGACGAUAUUAUGGGCCUUUCUGAGAAGCUACCCGCGCCCGAAGUCCUCGAUACGCAACGCCCUCUCUUCAAGUCUUUCAUGACUUCCGCGCAUGGUAUCAUCACUAUGGUCCUUAGCUUAUUGAACGACCACCUGGACUUACCUCCCGGUACACUAGCAAACCUCCACCGUGUCGGUCAUAAUUCAGGAGAUCAAGUACGUCUCAUCAAAGCUCCACCACAGCCCAUGGAUGACCGUCAACUCACUCUUGGAGCACAUACCGACUUUGGCAGUGUGACCGUUCUCUUCAAUCGGCUCGGUGGCUUGCAAGUCCUACCACCGGGCAAAGAUGCAGAAUGGUGCUAUGUUAAACCCCUUCCUGGUCAUGCAAUCAUUAAUCUCGGCGAUGCAAUGGCAGUAUUCACCAACGGCUUGCUGCGAUCAAAUAUCCAUCGCGUUGUGUCUCCUCCUGGCGCACAAGCAGAUUUCACUAGAUAUAGUUUAGUGUACUUUAGCAGACCAGAGAAUGAGGUGCUCAUGAAGAGACUGGAGGGUAGUGACAAGAUACCGGCAUUGGAUGACGAAGGACGCAAGGAAGAGGAGAGAAGGAAAAAUGAGGGGAUAUUGAUGGCGAAAGACUGGAUCAUUAGGCGUGCUCUUGGACAUCGUCAUGCAUUGAACAAGGAGAAGGCGAUGGACUUUGAUGCUUUCCAAGGAACAGAGAAGUUGAGUCGGCGAGAGGGCAAGUGA